GCGGAAGCGUGUCGCGCGCAGGGCAUUCUGGGACGCGGUGUAGACAGCGUGUAGGCUGCACGGAAGCCUCGGAGGGUCAGACAGAAGCGACGCGGGAAGUCCGGACGCAGGAGGAGCUGGCGGAGGAGGACCCCGACUGCAGCCAUGGCAGAGAGGCCUGAGGACCUCAACCUGCCCAACGCCGUCAUCACCAGGAUCAUCAAGGAGGCGCUGCCGGACGGUGUCAACAUCUCCAAGGAGGGCGGAGCGCCAUCUCCCCGCGCCGCCAGCGUCUUCGUGCUGUACGCCACAUCCUGUGCCAACAACUUUGCCAUGAAAGGGAAGCGCAAGACCCUGAAUGCCAGUGACGUGCUGUCAGCCAUGGAGGAGAUGGAGUUCCAGAGAUUCGUGACCCCAUUAAAGGAAGCGCUAUCAGCCUAUAGACGGGAGCAGAGAGGCAAGAAGGAAGCUUCCGAACAGAGGAAGAAGGACAAAGACAAGAAGACAGAUUCCGAAGAGCAAGACAAGAGCAGGGAGGAGGACAACGAGGAGGAUGAGGAGCUGGAAGAAGAGGAGCCGAACGAGGAGGAGGACAUAGACAACUGAGCAGUUGUGGGUGGGGGGCAAGGACUGGCACCUUGGAAGGGAGGCGGCCAUGUUUACGUAAAGCCUUGCCCUGCUGGGCUCAGAACUCUUAGGCUGAAGUGCCUGAGAACAUUUGAAUAUGAACUUGAUCUUCGAAACCAGCAUUUCCCAGACAUAGAGCGAC